AACAUGGUUGAAAUGGGCAAUUCAAAUCUUCUGCAUUUAGGGGACAUUGUUUCCCUAUAUGCAGAAGGCACAGUUUCCGGAUUUUUAAGCACACUGGGCCUGGUUGAUGACAGAUGUGUGGUAUGUCCAGGAGCUGGGGAUCUAACAAACCCUCCUAAAAAAUUCAGAGAUUGUUUGUUUAAAAUAUGUCCCAUGAACAGAUAUUCGGCCCAGAAGCAGUUCUGGAAGGCUGCAAAGCAGAGCAUGGGCUCAAAUACUGAUACCAGUCUGCUGAAAAGGUUACAUCAUGCGGCAGAAAUUGAGAAGAAACAAAACGAGACAGAAAAUAAAAAAUUGUUGGGGACUAACGUGCAAUAUGGAAAUGUUGUGCAGCUACUCCAUCUCAAAUCCAACAAAUACCUAACGGUAAACAAAAGACUUCCCGCAUUAUUGGAAAAGAACGCUAUGAGGGUUUAUCUAGACGGUAACGGCAACGAGGGUUCGUGGUUUUACAUUAUGCCCUUCUACAAACUGCGUGCCAGCGGCGACAACACCGUGUUGGGCGACAAAGUCAUCCUGAGCCCCGUAAACACGGGCCAACAGGUCCUGCACGUCGCCGCCAACCACGAGCUGGUAGACAACCCCGGUUGCAAGGAAGUGAACGUGGUGAACGGCAGCACGUCGUGGAAGGUCACCCUGUUCAUGGAGCACCGCGAGAACUCCGAGGAGAUCCUCAAGGGCGGCGACGUGGUGCGUCUGUUUCACGCGGAACAAGAAAAAUUCUUGACAAUGGACGAGUAUCAGAAACAGUACCACGUGUUCUUGAGGACCACGGGCCGAACGAGCGCCACGGCGGCAACCAGCAGCAAGGCACUGUGGGAGGUGGAGGUGGUACAGCACGACCCUUGUAGGGGUGGCGCCGGCCAUUGGCACUCCAUCUUCCGGUUCAAGCAUCUGGCGACCGGCCAGUAUUUGGCGGCCGCCGCCGACUCGGAGAACGAGGACCCGCCCUCCUAUCACCUGGUGCCGGUUGCCUACCCUAACGAGAUUGCGUCUCUGUUCGAGCUCGAUCACACUAGUUUGACGCGUAGCGACAAUUUGGUACCGCAAUCCAGCUACGUGAGAUUGCAACACUUGGUUAGCAGAAGCUGGGUGCACUCCACAUCUAUACCCAUUGAUAAAGACGAGGAGAAACCUGUUAUGUCGAAGGUUGGGUGUGCUGCUACUAAAGAGGACAAAGAAGCAUUUGCUUUGAAGCCAGUACCACCUGUAGAAGUACGCGAUCUCGAUUUUGCCAACGAUGCUUGCAAACUUUUGAGCUCUUUGUCUGUGAAACUGGAGAAGGGCACCAUAUCUCAUAAUGAACGAAGAUCCUUAACAAACCUACUACAAGAUAUUAUUUAUUUCGUGGCUGAAUUAGAGAAUGAGCAAAACAAAACUGAAGCCUUAGAGUUAGUCGUGACGAAUCCUAAUAGAGAUAGGCAGAAACUAUUGAGAGAACAGGCUAUAUUGAAACAACUUUUCAAAAUCCUCCAGGGCCCAUUUUUGGAUACGGACGGCGAAGGCCCGUUCCUGAAAAUCGAAGAGCUGAACGACCCUCGACACGCCCCCUACAAAUACAUAUUCCGCCUCUGUUACAGAAUCCUGCGUUUAAGUCAACAGGACUACCGUAAAAAUCAAGAAUACAUCGCCAAACAUUUCGGCUUCAUGCAGAAGCAAAUUGGUUACGACAUUUUGGCUGAAGACACGAUCACAGCCCUUCUGCACAACAACAGGAAGUUACUGGAGAAGCACAUCACCGCCGCCGAGAUUGAGACCUUCGUUGGGCUGGUCCGUAAGAACAUGAACAACUGGGAAUCCAGAUUUUUGGAUUACUUAUCCGAUUUGUGCAUCUCCAACAAAAAGGCCAUACCGGUCACCCAAGAGCUGAUAUGCAAGAGUGUCUUGAGCCAGAAGAACUCUGAUAUAUUAAUAGAGACGGCCAUGAUGAAGACGGAAAUCCACGAAGACGUCCUGAACGAACACGACGAAGACGUGGAUGUAGAGGUGGCAGUGGUGGAGGAGGUGCAUUUGUGUUGGAACAACAGGAAGACAUCUAGACCUUUAAUAGAGCUGUGCAAAAACGCCAACAUGGGUUCCAAGGACGACCAAGCCAUUUUAGACUAUUAUCGCCAUCAAUUAGAUUUGUUUUCCAACAUGUGUUUAAACAGACAAUACUUAGCUCUUAACAAUUUAUCUCCACACUUGGAUAUAGAGCUGAUAUUGAAAUGCAUGGCAGAUGAAAACGUUAGUUUCGAGUUGAGGGCUUCGUUUUGUAGGCUAAUGUUACACUUACAUGUGGAUAGAGAUCCACAAGAACCCGUCACGCCGGUCAAAUACGCCAGGUUGUGGUCUGAAAUUCCUUCACAAAUGUCUAUUAAUGAUUAUGAUAGUAACAAAGCUCCGGAUCCUAAUAAAGAGGCAGUAAGAGCCAGAUUUUAUUCAACAAUAGGUUUUGUUGAGGAUUAUUUGUGUAAUGUUGUGGCAAAAAUGUGGUCAUUUGCUGACCAAGAGCAGAACAAGUUGACAUUUGAAGUUGUGAAAUUGGCUAGAGAAUUAAUCUAUUUCGGUUUUUAUAGUUUUUCUGAUUUGCUUAGUUUAACUAAAACCUUGCUCAGUAUUUUGGAUUGCGUUUCUGAGAGUGAUAUGUUGGAAGGCGGGAUGCCCACAAGUGAUAUUGAUUCAGAAGGAGGGGUCCUAAGAACUAUUGGAGACAUGGGUGCCGUAAUGACGUCAUUAGCUUUAGGUCCAGCUGGAAGAAACGUAGUAACAACAAACGCUGGCCAACACGGAAAAUCGCAGUACAUGAAAGAGUACCCGUUAGUCAUGGACACCAAAUUGAAAAUUAUUGAGAUUUUACAGUUUAUCUUAGAUGUUCGUUUGGAUUACCGAAUCAGCUGCCUGCUGAGCAUUUUCAAGCAGGAAUUCGAUGAGUCAGAGAAGAACAGCACCGGCGACGUGAACCUGGGCCAGAAAAACAUCGACCUGGAGACAAUCGGCAGCCAAGCCGAAGGAAUAUUUGGUAGUAGCGAGGAAUGCGCCGUCUUGGACCUGGACGGCUACGGAGGCCGGACGUUCUUGCGCGUUCUUCUCCAUCUAACAAUGCAUGACUAUCCUUCUCUGGUGUCUGGAGCUCUGCAUCUCUUGUUCCGGCAUUUCAGCCAACGCCAGGAAGUCUUGCAGGCCUUCAGGCAAGUGCAACUGCUGGUUUCCGACAGUGACGUCGAGUCGUACAAGCAAAUCAAGGCGGACUUGGACUUACUCAGGCAGUCCGUGGAGAAAUCCGAACUGUGGGUGUACAAGUCGAAAGCCGCUGAGGAGCACACCGCAUCCAACAAGAAAAGCAAGGACGAGGAGGACGAGGCUCCUCCGACUGCUGUGAAGCCGGCCAAGAUCAGCGUUCUGGAAAAGAAGGGUUCCGCCAUUAAUUUGGAUGUGGGUCCACCCCUGCAUCCAGAACAAGCGGACGAGUACAAGAAAAUCCAGCAAAUUCUCAUCAGGAUGAACAAGCUUUGUACGCAUGGCUCCCCAACCGGGUUGGUUAAGCCCAGGAAGCACGAGCAAAGGCUGUUGAGGAACGUGGGGGUGCACACUGUUGUGCUGGACCUGCUGCAGGUUCCGUAUGAUGAGAAAGAAGACAUUAGAAUGAACGAGUUGAUGAGGUUGGCUCACGAGUUCCUGCAGAACUUCUGUCUGGGUAACCAGCAAAAUCAGGUCUUGUUACACAAGCACUUGGACUUGUUUUUAAAUCCUGGGAUUCGUGAGGCGCAGACGGUAUGUGCAAUAUUCCAAGACAAUUCGACCUUGUGCAAUGAAGAAAAUGAAAAAGUCAUUCAACACUUUGUUAGAUGCAUAGAAAGUCACGGCAGACACGUGCAAUAUUUGAAGUUCCUGCAAACGAUUGUGAAGGCUGAGAACCAGUUCAUAAGGAAGUGCCAAGACAUGGUGAUGCAAGAGUUGAUAAACGCAGGGGAAGACGUCUUGGUAUUCUACAAUGACAAGGCGUCUUUUAACCAUUUCAUUGAGAUGAUGCGUUCUGAAAGACACUGCAUGGAUGAAGGUAGUCCAUUAAAGUACCACGUAGAAUUGGUAAAAUUGCUGGCCUGUUGUACAAUGGGCAAAAACGUAUACACCGAAAUAAAGUGCCAUAGUCUGUUGCCAUUGGAUGAUAUAGUCGCCAUGGUGACGCAUCCUGACUGCAUACCCGAAGUUAAGGAAGCAUAUGUAGGGUUCCUAAAUCACUGUUACAUAGACACAGAGGUAGAAAUGAAGGAGAUUUACACUUCAAAUCAUAUGUGGACACUUUUCGAGAAGUCCUUUUUGGUAGAUAUGGCUGAUAUAGCCACAGCUCCUACAGACCGUAAACAUCCCGAUAGAGCUUUAGAGAAUUACGUUACUAAUUGCGUUAUGAAUAUAAUUUCCACUUUCUUUAGUAGUCCGUUUUCUGACCAAAGCACUACAGUCCAGACAAGGCAACCAAUUUUUGUACAGCUAUUGCAAUCCGCAUUCAGAGUAUCUCAAUGUCCUUGGCUAGCAGCACCACAGCGCUUUAACGUUGAAAACUGUAUACGUACACUCUCAGAAGUUGCUAAAAGUAGGGGUAUCGCUAUACCUUUAGAUCUAGAAAGCCAAGUCGCCGCUAUGUUCACAAAAACCACCUUACUAACAAGGCAGACCACUAACAAGUGGAAGGUUGCCUCCAAAACUCAGAAAAUUGAACGAUCUCAGUCCCAGCUGAUGAGGUUGGACAGGAGUAUUAUAGAGGGCCUCCAGGAUAUUGUAUCUCUGUUGGAGGACCAACUUAAACCUUUGGUCCAAUCUGAAUUAUCUCUCCUUGUGGAUGUCUUAUACAGACCUGAGUUACUGUUUCCAGUAGGGUCUGAACCUAGAAAGAAAUGCGAAAGUGGAGGCUUCAUUCGGAGAUUAAUAAAACACACUGAAAAGUUGCUGGAGGAAAAAGAGGAAAAACUUUGCGUAAAAGUACUUAAGACUUUACGAGAAAUGAUGGCUAUAGAUCCGGAAUACGGAGAGAAGGGCGACGUACUGCGUAACAGUUUACUUGCGAGGUACUUCGGGAAAUCUUUCAUGCAAAAGCACGAGACGGUCGAGUUGGGCAACUAUCAGAUAUCGUCCGUCACCCACGGCCCAGGCGCCAAAGUCCUGAGUCGAGCUGGAAGAACACUGCAUGAAGUACAGACUCAUUUAGAUCGAGAAAAGGCAUCUGAUUUGGUCAUAGAACUGGUUAUAAAGUCCGUCAACUCACCAUCAAUAUUCAGCGAAGCUGUGGAGCUUGGAAUAGCCUUGUUGGAGGGCGGAAACUCCAUCAUCCAAAAGAGCAUGUAUAACAAACUGUUGAAGGGUGACCUAAACCAGUCGUUCUUCAAGGUGUUUUAUGACAAAAUGAAGGACUCGCAGCAAGAAAUCAAGUCGACCGUAAGUGUGAACACAUCCGAUAUGGCCGUUAAAGCGCACGAAGACAAACAAGACGGCAAAGAUUCGGACAAAAUUUCCAAAAAACCCGGCUCGAAGUCCAACGGCAUAUUAAUCAGCGACGAAUUGCGUGAGGAGCUGACCAGAGCUGCCGAGUCCACCUCCCAAACUUACGCACACAUCCGCAACAUGGCGGCUGGUGAAGACGGCGUUGUGGCCGCCGGCACCGGGUCAGCCUUCGAGGACUUGCUGGCGGAAAAGCAUCGAGACCGCGAGGAACAGAGCGGACUGUCCAACAAGAUCUUGAUAAUGCAGCCCAUUCUGCGUUUCUUACAACUCCUGUGCGAGAACCACAAUCAAGACCUGCAGAACUUGCUCAGACACCAGAGCAACAAGAACAACUUCAACCUCGUAUCUGAGACUCUGAUGUUCUUGGACUGCAUCUGCGGCUCCACAACUGGAGGUCUUGGAUUACUGGGCUUAUACAUAAACGAAAACAACGUAGCUUUAAUUAAUCAGACGCUGGAGACUCUGACUGAGUAUUGCCAGGGGCCGUGCCACGAGAACCAGAACUGUAUCGCCACGCACGAGUCCAACGGCUUGGACAUCAUAACCGCCCUGAUCUUAAACGACAUCAAUCCCCUGGGCAAAUCCAGAAUGGACCUGGUGUUGGAGUUAAAGAACAACGCCUCCAAAUUGCUGCUUGCUAUAAUGGAGAGUCGCGGCGACAGCGAGAACGCCGUCAAGAUCCUCAACAACAUGAAUCCGAAGCAGCUGGUGGACGUGGCCUGCAGGGCCUUCCACCAGGAGACCGCCGAGGACGACGACGACGUCGACGAUGCCAGCGUGGAGGAUGUGGUGUCGCCGCGGGAAGUGGGCCACAACAUAUACAUUCUUUGCCAUCAACUCGCACAGCACAACAAAGAUCUUGCCGCGUUGCUGAAGCCGGCCGACUUCGCAACGGACCAGAAGAUGCAGAAGGCUUUGAUUUAUUACGCCACCCACACAGCACAGAUCGAAAUUGUCAGGAACGAUCGCACUUUGGAGCAAAUCGUCUUUCCCAUACCGGAGAUUUGCGAGUACAUCACCACGGAUACCAAGAUUAAGGUACUGAACACGGCUGAACGGGACGAUCAGGGAUCGAAAGUUGCUGAUUUCUUCGAACGCACCGACCAGAUGUUUAACGAAAUGAAAUGGCAGAAGAAACUAAGAGCCCAACCCGUUCUGUUCUGGGUCAGCAGUUACAUGUCUUUGUGGAGUAACAUACUGUUCAAUUGCGCAGUACUUAUUAAUUUGAUCGUAGCAUUUUGCUAUCCGUUUGAAAAUGCUUUACCUAAAAUUAGCUCUUCAAUAUCUGUUCUUAUUUGGUUUGCCAUGUUGACGUCAGCUGCCAUAGUAGUUACUGGAAGGGAGACCGGUAUAAGAACAUUAGUAGCAUCAACAAUACUUAGACUGAUUUUCUCUCUAGGCCCAGAACCCACUUUGUGGUUACUGGGCACUGUAACAAUACUACUCAAAGGUAUACAUCUAGUCAGUAUAAUGGGAAAUCACGGUACAUUAACAAAAACCUAUCAACAAAUACUCACCGAUGCCGAACUGGUCUACCAUUUGGCAUACCUCGUAUUCUGUAUGUUAGGACUGAUGAUGCACCCGUUUUUCUAUUCAGUUCUGCUAUUUGAUGUUGUUUACCGGGAAGAGACUCUCUUGAAUGUAAUAAGAUCUGUCACCAGAAAUGGUAGAUCCAUUAUAUUGACAGCUGUAUUGGCUUUAAUCCUAGUUUACAUGUUCUCUAUAAUUGGAUAUAUGUUCUUCAAAGAUGACUUCAUCGUUAGCGUCAAGAAGAAAACCGGUAACAUUCACCCACCCCAACCACCGAAACCAAUACUAACAAUUUUUGUUGAAGAUGAGUCGUGUGAUACCAUCUCAGAUUUAACCGGUAAUAAAUACAAGGAAGACACAACGGGUGAGUACUGUGAGUUGGUGGACCCAGGCGAGGAAAGCCACGAAAGGGCCUGCGACUCAUUAAUUAUGUGUAUUGUAACGACUCUGAACCACGGUCUUAGAAACGGUGGAGGCAUUGGUGACAUUCUUAGAGCUCCCAGUAAUGAAGAAUCCUUGUUCGUUCCUAGAGUUGUUUAUGACUUACUGUUCUUCUUCGUCGUCAUCAUUAUAGUACUUAAUCUUAUUUUUGGUGUUAUCAUCGACACGUUCGCCGACUUGAGAUCCGAAAAGCAACAAAAGGAGUUGAUAUUAAAGAAUACUUGCUUCAUAUGCGGUUUGAACCGUUCAUCGUUCGACAACAAAACCGUAAGCUUCGAGGAGCACAUCAAGUGCGAACACAACAUGUGGCACUACUUGUACUUUAUUGUCUUGAUAAAAGUCAAAGAUCCUACCGAGUUCACAGGCCCGGAAAGUUACGUGUACGCAAUGGUUAAGGCUUUAAAUCUGGAUUGGUUCCCGAGAUUGAGGGCAAUGUCUUUGGCUGCAGUUGAAGGUGAAGGUGAACAGAUUGAAUUGAGGAGUUUGCAAGCACAGUUGGAAAAUACGCAGUUACUGGUAACCACGUUGUCGUCACAGCUGAUGGAACUGAAGGACCAAAUGGCCGAACAAAGGAAACAAAAACAAAGGAUUGGUUUGUUGAAUUCCGCCUCUGGAUAUUUGCCAACUUCGACUUUGCCUUAAGUGACGAUACUGUUGAUAAGUCGUGCUAGUCUAGAGCGGUUGCUCAAAUUGUUGUGUAAAUCUUGAUGCAAUACUUCUUCAUUCGUGUAACUUAAAUAUAGACAUAGAUCAGUAAUGCUCAAACAUUUUAGAAAAUCUUAUCAACCUAUUAAAUGAAAGUUUUACAACUGCAAAAUUUUAAAUAUUUUUGUGUUUUGUGUUGUGGUUAGAGGGUUGUUUUACGUAAUGUUUCUUUAAAAGAAAUAUAUUGUUGUACUUUUCAAAUUAUGUACAAAUUUUAUCGAAAUAUAGUUCUAUAUUGUGUUGAAA